GUUUUGUUAUUCUUUUCCAACAGGUGAAGAACUGUGACUCGGAGUGAACAUGCUGUGAUGAUGGCGAGAAGAAGAACUUUUAGUGAACAGACUGGGAAUGCUAUUGGAUUCACGUUGGCUUGGAUGCGAGAUCGGAGCAAAAGUGUAGAAUUAACCUCUCCGUUGGUCUCUGAAAUCCAGGAAAUCGAAAGCGAUGUGUACGAGCAUGUCCGCAAGUCGUCAGUCUCCGGAUUUUCCGAUGUGGCUCAAAGAACCGAAUUGUACCGCAAUCUUUCGGAACGUCUUUCCAGGAACCUUUCAUUGGGUAAUGAACUGGGCGCCAAAGUCGAGACCCAAAUCAUACCAAAACUGUCCCGACUGCCCGCCGAAGUGUCAUCGAAACGGGAGAAAUUCGAUCAUGUUGAACAAGUGCUUCGGCUUGUGAAAGAUAUUCGGGGCGUAGUUGAAGGCUUUGAAAAACUGAAGGUUCUGAAUGACGACGAAAAGGAUCCCGUUGCCUUGGUAGAAACUUUGUGCAAUUGCGAAGACAUCUCAGAGACGCACAUGCGAUCCGGAAUAUUGUGCUGCGAGAUUCUCGCCAAGGAAGCGUCUUGGUGGCGAGAGGAAAUUCGUUUGACCCUGAUCCGAGCCUGGAAAAGAAACUUUUGCGUUACCGAAGAGGUUUCGGAGCUUGGGCCAUUUGUGUGUGUCAAAGUGGGUCGACCUUUCGAAUCCGAGGUCAGGGACUUCAUAACCGCCUUAAACAAAGCUGUACUGUUGGACGAUUGCAUCAACUGGCUUGCGUCUCAAACCUGCACUCAUCUUCUCAACGAAACUAUGAACCUACGUCGGAAAGUGACUGAACGUAGCGACACGAUGUUCUCUGUGCGUUGUAUAACUGGAGACCAAGAGGAAGAAGAAAAUGGGUGUAACUUUGUUGCCGCGCUGUCACCUGUUGUCGAAGCCUUGGAAUUCCUCUUCUCGAAUCUGUUAUGCGAAGAAACGGCGGGUGUGGAAAUUAUGCAGUUGUUUUCCUCGCAAGUCGCCCCAGAGUUUCGACGAAAGGUGAAGGAUGAACUCUUGUGUGCUGCUGUGCCGAGUGAUCUUGCCUCGUUGGUGCAGUUUACGAAGCUCAUGGAAGAUUUUUCGGAGCUUGAAGACCGUCUAGUGAAAAUUGGGUUCUACAAGGACACAAUUAGCGAGAAUGCGGCGACUAGAGUCGAAGAGUUGUAUGCUUCGAAAAAGCGCGAUGAGAUUCUCGGCGCGGGACGUGAAUUAACCAAGCAGCGAUUGAGGAACACCGUCACGGUUAUGAAUGCAGCUGGGGAAAAUAUGCAGGUUAGCGAAAACAUCGUCAAAAUUGUGGACCUUCUUGAAAGCACUGCUCAGCUUGCUGUGGACGCUGCUGGGAAACAGCCGCUGGUUUCAGCAACAGCAGCUCAAACUAUACGUGAUGUCAUCGAAGUUUACGUCACACUCACCCCGGUUUUCCAUUCAGAAGAGUUCUCUUCGCUGCCGUUUCUCGCAGCCGUUGUUCGGAACGACGCUUGGUUCAUGUCUGAAAGCUUAAUAUCCGCCGAGUUGUUCGAAGCUGCGGAUUUGGUGGAGAAACUGCGAAAUUUCGGCUGUGAUGUGUUUGAAGCGCAACUCAAGAGCCAGUGCGGAUCCAUGCGGGACAAUUUGAGAUAUGACGGAGGGUUUUGUUCGUUUGCCGAGGACCCGAAGCGGAAAGGGGCCGAGUUGGGUUUGAAACGAACCAUUACCCAGAUGAAAGGCAUGCAUGCGGUGUGGAGUAAUUGCCUGCCAUGGAAAACGUACGUCGCUGCUCUCGGCUUCCUCUUGGACACAGCUGUGGAAGAGAUCCUGCGUCAAGCCCUGACUUGUGAAGACAUCGCUUCGGAAGCCGCCAACAAUUACUCCUCUCUCCUCCGAUCCACGUUCAUUGCACGUUUACCCGCAUUGUUCUCCACGGCUGAGAGGACAGUAGACAAUGUGCACGAUGUUGUGACCCGUUUGCACGCUCUGGAAGAAUUCGUGUUUGUCUUGGACGCUCAUCUGCCGGAAAUUAAAACGCGGUGGGACGCGGGAAGGGGGCCCUUGGCGAGGGCUUUUGCCGCCCAGGAAGUGAAAUUCCUGGUUCGAGCGCUGUUCCAGAACACUGAUAGCCGUGCGAAAAUCCUGGCUGCGAUAUCUUGAUUACCGAUGACGUGAUAAGCGAAACCUGUUUGAUUGUUGGCUUUUGUUUUUUGGGGGUUUUUAUCGAAUUAUUUGAAGACGCUGGAGAUAUAUUUGAAUGGUUCUGAGAAGGACA